ACCCCUGCACAGUCUUCCCCUCUCCCCCCGCCCUCUGCUCAGACUCUGCCCACAGAGACUCGUGUCUCCACAGAGUUCCAUCUGAACAAGAACCCCUCAUAGUGAUAACCCCUUGGAGACCCCCCCACACCCUCACCCUCUCAGAGAACCCCUCCAUAGACUCAGCCCCAUCAUCACAGACUCACUACCUCUACAUAUACUCACCCCAGACUCAUCAUUUGCUGUAACCCCAGUGACUGUCUCUCUUCUAUUCCACAUUCCCCCCACCCCAGGAGACUCCACCCUGUUGCUGCUAGCCCUUAGCUAAGACAUUCCCCACUCCUCCACACACCUCUCUCCUGCUCACCCUUAUCCUCCCAGCUUGCUGCCAGUUCUUUCCAUCUUGUUUGCCCACAAGACUGAAUUGAGGCCUGCCUUGCUGACGCCCCCACCCAACCCGAUCCUGCAGCCCACGCUCUCCCCACAGCGAGCCCACCCCCAAAACAGUGUGCCAGCCCACCCAUCAGGGAAGCCUGGCAGUGGGCAGGUGAUGGAGAAUGUCCUGGUUUCACUCAGUGUUCUGGCUGGCACCGUGACUGUGUGCGAGGUGCUGCGCCACAUAGCCAGGGCGCUGCUGUGGCCUCGGUGGGGGCGCGCAAAGGGGAGGCUGAGCCGCAUCCCAGGGGCCGAGCCCCCUAACUUCGAGGUGGCAGUGGAGCUGCUCUCCACCCUGCAGCUGUGCAUCUGCACACACGAACUGCGGCUCCUGGGGAGCUCAGGGCUGCUGGGUUCGAUCCCGGGUCUCGCCCUCACCUACCUCGUCGCCCUGGUCCACGUCAGCACCUUUGGCUGUGCCACCUGCAACCCGGUGAGCUGCCUGGAGCGCUACCUCUGCGGACAGAGCAAUGGGCAGAUAGCAGCUGCCAAGUUGUUGGCGCAGCUCACUGCCGCCUCGGUGGCUCGCAGGCUGGUGGAGUUGGUGUGGGCCCUGGAGAUGUCGGACCUGCACUGGUAUCACCACCAGCACCAGUACAAAUGUACCUCAGCACUGAACACCACUGCUGGAAACGGGCUGGUCGCUGAGUUCGCCUGCGCCUUCACUCUGAGGGCAGCCCUCUUCAGGUUUCACUUGCUGAACCAGAGGCACAAGAUCCAUAUGGUGGCUACAUUGAUCACUUUCUUCGUGUAUGCAGCUGGAGACCUGACGGGUGCUGUGUUUAAUCCAGCUCUGGCUUACUCUAUCACUUUCAACUGCGAAGGAAACACGUAUCCGGAAUACUGUUUUGUAUACUGGCUGGGACCCCUGAUGGGUGCAAUGACUGCUGUCUUGUUGUUUGAGAGGAAAUCUGUAGAUGGUGCUGAUAUGAGAUCAGCAACGGAGGAGACUAAGGAGAAGAGAUCUUGAAGCAGCAUCCUUGCUGCACUGGAAUCGUACAAUUGAACCAUGGACCUCAUCACCUUCUGAAGACCUUGGAAGGAAAGGAUGUUGUUUCAUUUCUUUUAGUUUCAAACGACAAGAGACCGUAACGAGCAUUGUUAAUUAAUUUAGUGUCAUCUCAAUUUUAGGAGUGAACAUUCCAGCCAUUACUCCUUUUUUGGGGGAAAAAAAGCAAAAGCAAUAAUUUAGAAGCAGCCGAGGACAAAUUUUAAAUACUUUUUAUUGAUAAUCUGAGUGUUGGAUGAGUUCCUCCCUGUAAGGUCUGAUGCUGGGGGUUACACAAACCACACUAAUAGCAACUGAAGAAGAAUUUACAUCUUAAUGUAAAAAGUGAAGUCAUUGCUUUUAUUCAGACACCAGUAUUUCACAAGUGGGCACAACUCAAACAGCAUCACUCCACCCACCCACCCCUGUCCUGAAGGAAAAACCAUUACAUCAAUUUAAUGAAGUUCUUAGAAUGCGUGAGAAAGAAAACAAGCAACUGAUUUGCUGCAGAUUAUAUGGACGUCAAUCCCAAUAACUCAGUGUUAGGAACUGAUUGGGUAUGCUAAUGGGGAAGGUCAUCUUGGAUUUUAAUGUAGUGACAGUGAAUGAAUGCUGAUAGAAUUCCAAGUCUGGAAGUUGUCUGACCUGGAGUUGGGAGAGGGGGGAGUGAUGGUGGUGGAAUCCCCCAUUGCAUGUGGUGGUGUUCCAAGUUUGCGAGGGAAUGUACCAUCUUAGUGGAUAACUUUAGAGUUAUACUGAUAGAAAAUUACGAGUAGAUCCAUUCACAUACCUUCAGACCACUCCCUGUCCUACAGGGGCAUGAAUCAAAAUAAAGGAGGGUGUGACAAACAAAACUUGUGGCCAUCGAGUACACGGUAAUAAAAUUUGCUGGCAUCACUAACAUUGAAGCAUCUCUGGCACUUACCAGCUCGGUUGAUGCUUUGAUAUCUGAGUGAAUUCAUCCUUCAAUGAAGAGCUUUUAACAAUGAAUAUUAGGGCAAGGUAAUAAAAAGUUUGUAAAAUGAUCACCAGCAUCUCAAAAGACCCGGGGUCCCUUUUUUGAGUCACGUAACCUUUGAAGAACCUGAAUGUUUUUCAUCAGCUGGUUACGUGCAAGGACAAUCUGAGUUCACAUCCAUGAAGUUUAUUCUCCAAUUAGGAUUGUGAACCAUAAAGUACCUGCAAUGUCACAGCAGGCACAUAGUUCCCCCUGUCUCACACUGGACUCCACGCAACAGAAACUCUGCAGCUCUCUGCUGAGCCACUUGGGUAACUGGAUCCCUGAGCCACAAAGACAAGACAAACCCACACCCUCUAUUCUGUGAUGAUCCCACUCCAAGGAUACGUGUACGGCAGUAGUGAGGAAACAUAGCUGGGCUCAGCUUUGUCAACACUCUGUCUAGGCUUGUACACGCAGGAUGAUCACUUGAACAAUGUGCGGGAUAUCUCUGGGUGCUCAGAGAACUGGAGAUCAGCCUGAGUCAGCACCCUUUGGAGAUUGGAUUGGGGGGGGGGGGUGGGGGGAGAAACAGGCAGAAA